AUGGCACCGCUCACUCCCCACUGGGUCCAGCCCUCCCACCCUGACAUCCAGGAGGUCAUCGUCAACGAGGCCGAGUUCACCUCCAAGAGCCUCUCGAGGGUCGACCUGCCGCCCUUUGCCCUCUUCGCCAAGCUGGACUUCCCGCCCUGCACCGUCGCCGAUGGCCCGACCUACGCCACCGUCCAGUACGGCCGCGACAAGCACCUCGACCUCAACAGCGACCUGCUGUACAUCAACCACUCCUGCGAGCCAUCCCUGAUCUUCGACACAGGCAACUUCAACGUCAUCGUCGGCCCCAACGGCCUCAAAGCCGGCGAAGAACUGACUUUCUUCUACCCCUCGACCGAAUGGCACAUGGCCCAGCCCUUCGACUGCCUCUGCGCCAAGCCCUCCUGCCGCGGCCGCAUCGCCGGCGCGGGCCAGAUGACCCGCGACCAGCUCGCCGGCACCUGGAUCAACGGGCACAUCCGGCAGCUCCUCGAGGAGCGCGACAGCAGCAACAACAACAACGGCACCAGCUCCGGUGCUGCCGCUACCGCCGCCGCCGACAACAACGACAGCGACCCGACGGCCCGGGCCCUGCGCGACGCCCUCCGCCACGCGGAGCAGGUCGUCGACGCCGCGCGCACCGCCCUGCUCUCGUACGCCGCCGCCGCCGCCGCCGCCUCCCAGUCUCAGCACAACAGCGGCGUCGGACCGCCGACCAACGGCGUCGGCAAGGCGGCCACGAGGCGCGGGCCCACGUCGCGGGAGCUGAGCGGCGAGAUGGGCGGCGAUACUGUCCGCGCCUAG